GCGCGGGGUCCCACCCAUCCCAAAUCUGCAAAUCCCCUGUGGGGAUAAAUUCAUCGGAAGCCCUGCAAUUGCAAAUCCCCUGCAGCACAAGCCAGUGUACAAACCCGAGGCGAUAAAUAUGCACCAGGACGGCGGUAACACCGGCACCAUCGACUAUCCGGGACCCCUCGGAAACAAUCUCGAGGUUACCACUGCCCUCGAGGGCAUACACAUCCUUCUCUGGACUAAGAAUGGGCAGACGGUAGCUGGGUAUACCACCCUGGGACCUAGCGGUCUGAAAUGGGGUCUUGUGGCCGUGGACGAUGAAAUGAAAGUCCAGGAUACAUGGUAUCCUGAGGUGGACGGGCAGACGCUGAACGUGGCAUACAUGGAGCUUCUUCUCGAUACGGAUCAAGUCGUUGUCACGUCCAAGGAAGGUCAGGUCUAUAUCGUGCAGGUAUCAGUCGCGGAUGAUGGUGGUGCUAGUCUGAACUUGGCGGGGAUGGUGAAUUUGACCUCCACGCUCGCGCCAGGCGAGCUUCUCAUGAACGCUAUGUACGACACGGACAAGAACCUGUGGUUUAGUAGCGGUGGUUUGCGGUCUCAAGGUGCGCACGGCGACGACCCGCAGAACUCCACUACUAUCGGGUACCUUCCAUCAGGUGGCACGGGGGAUAUUCACAGCAUACCUAUUGAGAACCAGAUGAUCGAGAACGGCAUCGCGAUCAAGGGUACCACCGCGUACGUUAUCACCGGACCCUCCGGGACAAACGAAAAGCCCGACGCAAAAGGAUAUCUGUACGCCUUUGGCCCAGGUCCCGGAACCUCGCUCACCACACACUGGAAAACCGAAUACGAAGCCGGGGAUGUUAAGAAACCAGGCUCCUUCGCGCGCGGCUCCGGCGCAACGCCAGCGCUGCUAGACGACCAAUACAUCGCCAUGACCGAUAACGCGAACGGCCGCGUCAACCUAGUCAUCUACCACCAAGACGCAAAGGAAAAGCAAGAAGACCAAGUCGUCUGCAAGCUACCCAUGUUCCAAUCCGGCUCGAGCAACAUCGACAUCGCCCCGGUAGUCCAAAAACAAGACGACACCUAUGGUAUCUUCCUAUGCAACGACUACAACGCCCCUCCGCUGUACUACGCCGACACGGGCAUAUUGAACGGCGACUGGAACAAUCUAACCCAGAUGGCGCCGGGAAUCGCCCGCGUCGACGUCACGGCGGACGGGAACUGUGAACUCGCCUGGGAGGUGCCGGAUCUGCGUAUCCAGUCUGUGCCUCUUAUCUCUACGAAGAACGGGUUGGUUUAUGGAUACACGCAGUCGGUGAAGGAUAGUCAGGAUGGGGUUUGGGUGUGGUAUGUUGUUGCGCUGGAUUGGAGGACUGGUAAGGAGGUGUGGAGGGUGCGUGCUGGUGCGGGUGGGACGUAUAAUGAUGACUAUCAGCCCGGGGCACUGGGACCAGAUGGUAGCUUUUAUCAGAGUGUUAUUGGUGGCGUGGUUCGUGUGAGGGAUGGGGAGUAAUACUGCAUGGAUACACGUGUUAUUGCUAUCUGGUAUAAACGGUUUCUAUGAACAAGUUUCUGUCCUCUAUAAUAAUAGUAACCAUCUCCACAGCCGCAAAUUCAAU